AGCUCACUGCCCACUCCACGCCCACGCAGAGUCUCCCAAACUCUCGGUCGCAGGAGGAGAGAUGCUGUGGGGGAUGUAAGACACGGGGAUCGGUAGACAGCAAUUGGAUUCUCGGGCGAAAAUCAGCCGCUCUGAUGGCAUGAAGACAGCAGAUAGACGGUCUGCCAGCAGCCAACCACUCUGCUACCUUCAGGUUUCAAUGUGGAAACCGCCUCCUCCCCACCACCUCCAGCAAGUCUUCGUCUGACGGGGGUUGACCAGAAUCUGAGCUGGGAUGUCCCAACUGUGCUGAGGCUGGAGGAGGAGAAGUGUGGAGAUUCUAGGAAUCUAGAGGAGGAGAGCGAGACACAAUGGGUGAUGGAGGUGCCUUGCACACGGAGGGCAAUGCCCUUCUAAAGGCGGUGUUCCAGGGCAAACUACGCCUUGCACGCCUUCUACUGGAGGGUGGAGCUUAUAUUAAUGAAGGGAACAAGAGAGGGGAGACGCCUAUUAUUGCAGCCUGUCUGGCAAGAUAUGACGAUUCGCAGACCCGGCAGAGAAUGGUGCGAUACCUUCUGGAAAAGGGGGCAGACCCAAACAUCCCUGACAAAUCAGGUCGUACCGCCUUGAUGCAUGCGUGUGCAGAACAGGCAGGUAAAGAGGUGGUGGCACUUCUGUUGGAAAACGGAGCUGAUCCCAGUUUGAAAGACUACAGCGGGGCCUCUGCACUCAUACACGCCAUCAAUAGGGGUGACAGAGACACCCUCCGGGUCUUGUUGGAUGCCUGCAAAGCUAAAGGCAAAGAGGUUAUCAUUAUAACCACUGACACAUCUCCUUCUGGCACUAAAAAGACUAAACAAUAUCUGAACUCCCCACCAUCUCCAGGUGUGGUGGACAAAAUAUCACCUGCUUGCAUGUCUCCAUCUGAAGUGGAGAUCCAUACCUCUGGCUCAGCUCCUGGUGAGGAGGAGACUAUCUUCAGCUUCGCUGUGAGUUCAGCACUCCCAUUACCCUCCAGCAGACCACAGGGUGAGAGGAGACCGCCACCCCGCAAACUUUUAAAAAGACUUAACUCUGAGCCCUGGGGCCUGGUGGCUCCCUCUGUACUUGCUGAAAGAGCAGAGCGGAUGGAGGGGGAUUUAGCAGAAGAGGAUAAGUUGGUCUCGGAGAUGAAUGGGCUGUCAGUCUCAGGUCCAGGCAGACCGCUUCUGUCCCGAAGGCACAGUAUAGAAACCCAUGACCCGUCCUCUCCUAAGCUGAUGGACCGGUCCUGUUCUGAGGACUGUGCAGCACUGUAUGGCCCAUCUUGGGCCGAUAAAGUCCAUCAGCACCAGUCACUGUAUCGAAGAAAUACAGCCCCUGAGACCCAAGAGAAUGCAGCACAGGCAUUGGCCUGCAUUCGUGCACUGCCACAUUCCAAACUCACCCGCAUGGAACACUAUGAGUCAGACACCCCCCUAUGCCCUGGCUCCAUCCCUGGAUCUCCAGAUUCAGGACGCGUCUCUGUGGAGCGGCGCAAGUACAAUGCCUCUCCUCUGUCCCUGCUCACAAGCUCUUCCCGGGAAUCUCUGGAGAGCAUUCCUAACUCUGUGUCUCCCAUCACAAUACGGAGACGUCCACCAGGGCUGUUGGAACGGCGAGGAUCAGGCACUCUUCUCCUGGAUCACAUCUCCCACACACGACCUGGGUUCCUCCCUCCUCUCAACGUCAACCCCCAGCGACCCAUUCCUGAUAUACGGGCCAAUGGAAAACCCACUUCUCCCGUUCACUCUGGAAGCAAGAUCCUACUGCCAGUUGCCCCUUCAUCCCCAAAACGUGGGCCAGAUUUCAAAAUGAAGAAGAAACUGAUGAGGAGACACUCGAUGCAGACGGAGCAGAUGAAGCAGCUUUCGACUUUCCGGGAAAUCCUAACAGAAAAAGUGAUGGAGAUGAAUGGAGAUUGAGAGAAAGAGAAAAGAAGAGAGUUAGUGCUGGCCGAGAGGCCGUUUCAUCUCCAUCUUCUUUGAGACACACCUGCUCUGGUUCAAUUUGGCUCCUACAGAACAUACUGCAUACAUAACAAAUAAGCAUUUUGGAAUUGGAAUAAUUUCCAAAUUCAGAUCAUGGAAGAAAAUUGGUCACUUUGAUGCAGACCAUUCUGAUAUUAUUUGAAUUAUUCCUUGCCCAUACAAAUUCAGAAGGCGUAAAGAUGAGACAGACCCAUUUGUGUCAGUGGAAUCUAAUGAUGUUGAUGUUUGAAUCUGCCGCAAUUCUCAGACGAGACCUCACAGAUUCUGUUUUCAACAGGUUUCUCUGUUAUUAGCACUGUUAGAGCUUUCAGCUUUUUUACUGUUGUUGGUCUGUGAUGUAAUAUUCUGUGGAAUAAUUGGGAAGAUAAUUCUUCUUGUUUUCCAAUAAUGUAAACAUGUGUAGUUCAAAACUCAAAGGUUUAUUUCUUCAAGCAUAAC